ACUCCAUUUUUCUGUAUCUUCUUCCUCUUUCUUCUCCAAUGCUAUUACAGUAUAUUUGAUAAGGGUUUUCAUUCAAAUAAUUACAAGAAGACCUCUAUCAAUCAAAUUGAUAACUUAGUGUAAACUCACGAUGGAUCCAAUGAUGAUGAUGAGGUUCUUCAUGGUCUGUUUGUUGCUGAUUUCCAGUUUUUCAUCGUUGGAUACAGUAGCUGAGUCGACUUAUUCGGAAUCUGAAAUUGGGCGACUGGGUCGGGAACUAUUGGAAUCAGCUAGAGAGCCCGAUUUCUUCAGUUGGGUUAGAGGGCUCCGAAGGAGAAUCCAUGAAUACCCAGAGUUAGGAUUUGAGGAACACAGAACGAGUCAACUCAUCAGGUCUGAGCUCGACUCGCUCGGCAUCCACUACACAUGGCCUGUCGCCAAAACUGGUGUUGUUGCCUCUGUUGGCUCGGGUGCCCAACCAUUCUUCGCUCUCAGAGCUGACAUGGAUGCCCUCCCUUUGCAGGAACUGGUUGAUUGGGAGCACCGGAGCAAGAUUGAUGGAAAAAUGCAUGCAUGUGGUCACGAUUCUCAUGUUGCCAUGCUGCUAGGAGCAGCUAAGUUACUCCAAGCCAGGACAGACAAACUCAAGGGGACCGUGAAGCUAGUUUUCCAGCCUGGAGAAGAGGGCUAUGCUGGGGCUUACCAUAUGUUACAACAUGGUGCUCUUGAUAACAUCCAAGCCAUUUUUGGUUUACAUGUCCUCCCAAUAAUUUCCACCGGCGCUGUUGCUUCAAGGCCUGGUCCAAUGCUCGCAGGUGUCGGAAUGUUUUCCGCAAUUAUUCAAGGAAAAGGUGGGCAUGCUGCAACUCCACAUAAAGCUAGAGACCCAGUUCUUGCUGCUUCCUUGGCCAUCGUUUCUCUCCAACAGAUAGUAUCACGAGAGACAGAUCCUCUUGAGGCCGGAGUAGUCACGGUUGGGUCCAUACACGGAGGCCAAGCUGGAAAUGUGAUCCCACAUACGGUUGAAAUUACAGGAACUUACAGAAGCUUAACCUCUCAAGGUCUCUCCUACUUACAGGAAAGGAUCAAAGAGGUGAUAGAGAUGCAAGCAGCUGUGCAUCAAUGUAGUGCCGUGUUGGACUUCAAGGAAGACAUACCAAUGCCUCAUCCGGUGAUGGUUAAUGAUGAGGCACUGUAUGAACACGGGAAGAGAGUUGGGGAGAUCUUACUUGGGGAAGGUAAUAUGCAGUUACUCCCAGUGACUAUGGGAUCUGAAGAUUUCAGCUUCUACUCACAGAAGUUUCCCGCUGCAAUGUUUGUGGUAGGGACAAAGAAUGAGACUCUAAAAUCGGAUGAGCCUUUGCACUCGCCUUACUUUGUUAUUGAUGAGGAUGCUCUGUCCAUUGGAGCUGCUUUUCAUGCUGCUGUAGCAAUCUCUUACUUAGAUAGCCAUGUUUUUUAUAUCUAGAAUUUGGAUCUCUCAAUCCUUGGGAAAUAGAAACCAUAUGAGAGAGUUGUAAAAAAAAAUCAAGCAGAUCUGUGAGAACAAAAUAAGUUGACAGUAAUUAAUUGCAGAAAAAUUAUGCAAGUGUAUCUUUUUAAUUACAGUUUUUAAACUUACAUUUUUCAUUGUUAUGAUUGUUAUUUGUUAUUGAACUCACUUCUUGGAUA